CCAAGAGGAGACAGAACGCGAGAGAGACUCAGACUGGUACCGCUGCUGAGCCGGGGACAAGCUGCUGUCGAUGCUCCCCAUAAGAUCUUUAGAAAGAGAAGAGAAGCCGAGGCACAGCACGGGGGCGGACCCUCAAUAAGAAACACUAGAAGGGAGGUUUGCGGAAGAAAGCAAAAAAGGAUCACUAAUACCGGCAAACAGUGCCUGCUGUACACACACACUGUACACACACCCCUUCAUGUUGUGGGAUUAAUGAGAGUAAAGAGAGACACCGGUGCGUAAAGUUGAUGAACUGAUCGGCCCGUUUCCACUGUGAACAUUAUAACUGUAUUUUUUUUUUGUGGAGGAUCGCUCUGUUCCCGAGGUCCCGGAUCCAGCGUGGAUUUUUAGAACCCAUCAUAGUGUCUUUGUCUGUGGAUGAGCGACGCUUGUCGGAUGGUAAGGUUUCCAGAGGAGCGCUGCUGGGAGUCACACACUCUGUGAACGUGCCAGAUGCGUGUGGAAGAUAUGGAUACGCGGUUUUUUAUUUAUUUAAUAUUUUUGACAUUUUUUUGACUGCGUGGGUGUUUGUUUUGUUAAUAAAAUAUUAAGAUUUUUAUUUAUUAUUUUUUUUUUACUAUUGAACGACCGCAGAGAUUUUAAGACUCAUCGUGCGGAAUUACAACCAUGAACUUUGUUGUCAGUUUGGUACACAUCCUUUUGGCAGCGGUUCUUCACCUAUCCACUAUAAAGACUGCCAGCAUUAACAAGGGAGUGGAGAAGAGUAAAAAUGAGGUUAUCCCUCUCACAGAAGUCAUCACCAAGAGUAUGUGUCAGCCCAGGGAGGUGCUGGUGGACAUCUUCCAUGAGUAUCCGGAGGACACAGAACAUACCUACGUUCCUUCCUGCGUGGUCCUCAACCGCUGUGGAGGCUGCUGCAGUGACGAAGCAAUGGAGUGUGUACCCACGGAAACCAGCAACGUCACGUUGCAGGUAAUGCGGUUUAGACCAAUGGUUACGCAACAUACAAUUCACUUAAGUUUCACAGAGCAUCAAAAGUGUGAUUGCAGACUAAAGCCAGAUGUUCAAGCAAAGAAAGAAUACCACUGUGCGCCUUGCUCAGAGAGAAGAAAGCGCUUGUUUGUGCAGGACCCUCUCACCUGUAAAUGUUCCUGCAAAUUCACACAAUUAGACUGCAAGUCCAGGCAACUUGAGUUAAACGAAAGAACUUGCAGAUGUGAUAAACCGAGGAGAUGAGACCAGCAACACUGUUAUGAAGGAAUUAUUUUCUUGGCACAGCACUUUGAAACCCGAGGAUGCAUUCCCUGCAAGGACACGAAACGACAACGCAAGACAGGACAUUCUUGGCGCAGAUCUUGCCACUGUCUGUUUUCUGCCUAAAGAUAUUAAUAUAUGUACAUAUACUAUAAGUACAUCGACAAUGUGUAUUGCUGCUACAUAAAAAAAAAACACUAUUUAAAGCUAAACGAAUGCGCCACUUGCGUCUGAAUGGGAAAAGCUUCAGUGGCGUUCUGCUCUUGGGUAGAACUGGUAAAAGAAAUCUGUUAUUUUUAUCUAACACUUCACUGGAUGCUGGUCUGCUGUGGAUAUGAAUAUCUUAAACAUUUCUUAGUAACAAAAAAAACUGGUGACUAUAACUUCAACGAGCGGUGCAGCAGAAGCCAAACUCACCUCCGAACUCUGACAGAAGAGACAAAGAGGAGACGGAAGGGAGGACGAGGAGGCGGAGGCGGAGGAACGCCUGUUGUACUUGAACAGAACGGCAGGUCCAAGAACUGUUUCCCUCUGUGACAUGAUGGGAAUUUUGUCUCCACUGUAUGGACUGACUCCAGCUGGUGUGAGAGCACACCGGAAAAAUCUCUCAGAGUUUCCUGAAGUGACUGUGGAUGCAGGUUUUGUGGCAUGAUGAUGGAUAAUGUGAAGAUGACCUUUCCUCAUAGAAGGGUUACGUGACGAUGGCAAGAACUGAACUUAUGCUUCGCUAAUUAAGUUAAGCAAGUACAACAAUUUUAGUCAAUGUUAAAAUUGUGUUAGGGUUAGGACUAUCCCUGAGUGUGGGGUCUAAGGGCAGGACAAGAGUUAGGACGUUUCCAUCAGAUGUCUUUCUUUUUGUGCACAGAGUUUAUUAUUUACAUUUUAAGGUAUUGUGUUCCUUUUAUAAAAUGUCUUGAGACAAGGCUGUCUGAAGGGAUAUUACUAUAGGUAAAUAUGGAGACAAGAAGUGACAAGCUGAUCACAGAUAGGCACCUCACUGUAGAAAUCCUCAACCUUCCAGUUUUCUUAUUUAAUGGCUUUCUGUGUUCCAAAGAAAUAGUCAGGCAUCCACAACAGAGCAGUUUAUCAUAAACAAUCUGUAUAUACUUACUAGCUAUCCCUUUGUCUAGUACACUACAUCUUAUUUAUAGAAUAUGUUCAGUAUACUGAUAUUUAUAUGCCGUGUUAAGGUUAUUUGUACUGCUCAACUGUUUGCAGUCUCCUAAGAGAUUGAAUGGAGAACACGUAUGACUGUAGACUCUUUUUUUGUUGGGAAAAAGGACUGAAAGACAAUGCUUUGACAUUCCUGAUUUAAACUAAAGCUGUGUUUCUCACCAGCCGGAGGGGGAUCAUGGUGGGCCUGUUGACCGAUAGUAACCCCAGCCACCGACACGUGUUUGAAUGAAAUGCCAACACAGGUGUUUUUCAUUUUGGACUGGGGUGAUGGACACGUGGUUUUGCACUUGUGGGCCCAAAGGCACAUCAUAUGGAGGACCGAACGAGUUUCAUUUCUGCUGCUCAGCUCUGACGUAAUUUAGUGAAGACUGUCCAAUCAGACUGAGGCCUCUAGUCUGACGGUGGUAAACUGGCACAGUGUUUUCUCUGACUUUAACCAAGGCACUAACAUAACCUCCUCAUUCCCAAGUAUUACACUGUUGUGUGGCUUAGUAGGAUAAAGCCACUUACCAUAAAUCAAACAUUUCCUUUAAUGCUAAACUGUUACCAUAUGAGAAAAAAGACCUUCCUCAUUAAUGAGCCAUAAUGGAGAAAAAAUAGAAAGUUGCAAGGUAUAUAUUUAAUAGUGAAUAACAAAGCAAUAAGUUUAAGUAAGACAAUGAAUAAAUACUAUACUGAUGAUAUAUAUAUAUAUAAGAUAACAUAAUUUGAAGUAAGUAAGGUCACUGGAAUACAGUAUAUUAUUUUGAAUAUACUACAGAUUGAUGUCCAGGAGCUGUGCUUUGACAGACAUUAGUCAGUCAAUUAUGUGAUACAGUUUGUCUGGAAGCGGCUACAUCUCAACAGUACAGAAAAAUAGUUUUGUUCUGACAUUAAUCUCAAUUCUAUGGAUCAUGGCAGUGUGAUAUACUCAUGAAAGAAUUAGUCUUUUUGUGCUCUUGAGUUAAUAACUUGUUCUUAACAGUUAAUAUGUGUCACCAACCAUAACCAAAACAAACCAGAAAAAUAUCAUAAAGAACACUGUAUUAUGUUAUAUAUAUAUA